AGUCUACUCAACACAGACUUACAUAUUAUUUAUAAUAAAAAUAAGAUCAAUUGCUUUAGAAUUUAGCAAAAUAACUUAAAUUUAAAAUAAAAUAUGUUGGAAAAGGAAAAGUAGAAAAGUUGGAAAAACUUUGAUGAUUGUAGGAAAAUUUUGAUAUUUUCUGAUAAUGAAAACCGCAUCAACGAAAAAUCAUUAUUAUGCGUCGCUUUUGUGCACACCUUAAGGUACAAUUUACCUGAUUUUCUUACGUAGUUGUAUUUGAUUGGGCUUUUCGAAAACUUGAUAAGAACUUAUCAAUGGAAUUCAAAUUUGGAAAGAAAUUUUCGUUUUUUACAUUAUUUUUUCGCAAAAUAAUACUUUUUCAAAAUAACUUAUUUGAUUUCAAGUUACACUAUAAUUUUUUAAAUGUUGUGUCUGCUCCAAAAUUAAUUCCAAUAUCUAUAAUAAUUAAAGACAAAAUUGGCAUUGUUUUUCGACUAUUUGUCAUCUUGUUUUUGAUUUUGAAUUUUUGAUUGAUAAGUUCAUGUAUGUGUGUGUGUCUGUGUGUGUGUGUGUGUGUGUGUGUGAUAUGUGAUAUGGAUUCUGUUGAUUACACGUAAAAAUAAUAAUAAUAGAUUAUUCAUACAAUAUUAUUCAUAAUCUUCAAGCCAUUAUUCUUAUAAUUAUCUGUUCAUAAGUCAUUUCGUUGAAUUACUUUUCUUCAAUAGUUUAUGAAAUAUAAUUAUAAUAAUUUAAUUCGUGAUGUGUAGUUAACUGUAUUCUUCUCAAUAUUGGUGAUGCUCUAUGUGAGUUUUCAUUCAACCUAGUCAGAGGUGUCGAAAUUUGUGAUAAUGUUAUUUCAUUCGCUACUUGAUGACAAUUUCUCUGAGAUGUUAUUAAUGAAAUGAAAUCAUGGUGCCUGUAGCUAAUAAACCCACAACAGGUAAACAGAAACCGCCGACGCCACCAAAACCAGUUCAUUUUCAGCAUAUAAGCGCUUAUAAAAGGUUGUACGAAUCGUCGAAGUUCAAAUCACCUCUUUUGGAGAUAGUCGAUUUACACCAGAAUCUAAACGACACCGCUAGCGACGACACAGCGCCUUUAAUUGACGAAGAAACAGAUGGCACGUCUGCCAAUAAUAAUCGUGUCUCUAAACGCGCAGUAAAACCUCCCCUGUUACCAAAGCCGCAACAUAUACCUACAGUAAAAUGUACCGCAGCUACUAGUCUAGAAACUGAAAUCAACACGACGAUUAGAGUAUCGCCUAGAAGUUCCCCUCGAAGUAUACGAAGCAAUACCGAUUCCGAGCCGGAGUUGCAAUUUAACGAAACCAAAGCUAACGAUAAGCCUUCGUCGAAUCCGUUUAAAAACGCUGCAUCGACGACCAACUCGUCAGAUAAUCCUUUGAAUCCUUUCGCCGAUGAAAUACAAAAAGAACUGAAUGGUAAAAAUAAUCUGAAUCCUUUUACCAGCGAAAGUAUCGAAACGGAGACUGCUAACGACGAACGUGGCGUUAAUCUGAUCGAGUAUCUUACGUCGACGACUACGACUACAAUUAGCGAGACGCGAUUCCAGCAUAAAGUUAAAGCUUCUACGCUUAGCCGAGUAGAAAAUAUAAAAAAUACCUCGGACGAUAGUUUUUUAAGCGAAUUCAAUCGCAGUUUCGAACGAGCUACAUCUACCGAAUCGACCAGCUGUAGAUUUAGUUCGGAAACUACCCAUCUCUCUAAAUCGUUCCAGUCGCUCGAUCAUCGCUUAUCGUUCGACGAAAUACAUAAACAAUUUGAAUCGGAUAAAGAAUCAUUGCUAGAGAGAAAUACCAAGCAUGUUACGAGUAAUUUGUUAACCAGAAGAUCGGAAAUUAAGACUGACAGUAAUAAUCUCGCACCGUCCUUGGAAAAUGAUCGAAGUAAUCGCAGCUCUUGGCGAAGCAGCUCUUCAAUAGAAUUCGCCGACAAUCAUUCUCAAUCGUCAUCUGUAAUCGAUCAUGAAUAUUGGCCUAAGAACAGUUCGACUUCGAAAAGUGACAGUUCGUCGUCCGUAGACGUUGGUAAAUCUAAAUCGAACAAUUUGGCAGCUGAUGAAAGCAUAGUAGAUGAUGACAAACACGAAAACUUCGACGAUGACGAUUCCAUAGGAGGCAAUAGCUCCAACGACUCGUAUUCGGUUCGUAGACGCAUCAAAACUUGGUUCGGAUCUUUCGGUAAAGCUGGUAAAACAGUCAAACGACGUGACAGUGUGUUUUACGUAGAGAACGAAUCCGAUAGUAAAAAUAACGCGAUGUGGGAAACUGCGUCCGUUUCUAGCACCGAAGAUAAAAAUGUCAACAAUAACGACGAUUCCGCUAUUGAUAACGAUAAAGAUAAUAAUUCCACUGCGACGUUAAACGGCAAUAUUGACGCCGACGAAGUCGCACCCGUUAUUAUCGAAGAGAGUGAGAGUGAUAAGGAAGCUAAACAAGAGAAAAAAGCGCAUUUGGUAAUUAAAGAAUUGAUAUCGUCGGAAAAAGUAUUUAUCGACGUGUUGUACCUGUUGACCGAUGAUUUCGUGAACUUCAUUAAAAACGCCGACAAAGAUCGAAUUAUACCGGAAACAGAUCUAAAUAGAAUUAUCAACUAUUUACCCCAAUUGAAAAGCUUCAACGAAGAUUUACUCAAAGAUUUCGAAGGACGUAUGGAUAAUUGGACCUUGUAUCCGAAAAUAUCCGAUAUUAUUAUCAAAAAAGGUCCUUUCUUGAAGUUAUUCUCGACCUACAUACAAAACUUCGAAAAACAAUGUAAUCUGUUGGACGACUGCUGUCAUAAGUAUCAUAAAUUCGCCAAAGCUGUCAAAGAUUUCGAAUCAUCGGAACGCUGCAAGAAAUUAACAUUGAAGCAUUACAUGUUAAAACCCGUUCAAAGACUGCCUCAAUAUAGACUAUUAUUGGAAGAUUACCUUAUUCAUCAAAACGCUAAUUCAAUAGACUAUAAUGAUACCCAACAAGCGUUACGUAUUGUUUGCGAUGUAGCCGAACAUGCUAAUAAAUCGAUGGAACAAGACUUGCAUUUGAGUAAAUUGCUCGAAAUACAAAAUAGACUCGGCAAUCAUGAAAUUAUUAAACCAGGAAGGAUAUUCAUUAAAGAAGGAGAACUAUAUAAAUUUUCCAGAAAGGAAUUACAAUCUCGAUAUUUCAUUUUGUUGAACGAUUGCCUUCUCUAUACUAGUUAUGGUUCGAUGUUCAAUUUGACGGUCAAAGAGAAAAUCCCAUUAGCCGGAAUGAAAGUAUGGAUUCCAUCGGUUGAAGAUUAUCAUAAUGAAUUCAAUAUAAUGAGUACUACGCGCAGCUUUACUCUUCGAGCCAAAUCGGCUCAAGAAAGAGAGGACUGGGUGUCCGUUAUAGAGAAAACUAUACAAGAACAUCAUAAAAAGCAAUUAUCGUUUUGUCCUACGUAUGAUCCUACGGAUAUUAUUGGCAAAAAGGCUCCAGUUUGGAUCCCCGAUCAUCGUGUGACUAUGUGUCAAAUAUGCACUGCCGAGUUCAAAGUAACGUUUCGGAGACACCAUUGUCGAGCUUGUGGUCGAGUCGUUUGCGGAUUAUGUUCGGAUAAUAAAGCACCUCUGCAAUAUAUGAACUUUCAAGCGGCCAGAGUCUGCGACGACUGUUUUCAGUAUUUAUUAAAAGAAUUUGAAGAAAAAUCUGAGAGUAUUUUAAAUAUUAUUAAGAAUAAUAACGACCUAAACGAUAGCGACGCGUUUGCUACGUACCAAAGUGCGAAAAUUAGUUUUAAAAAACACGACCCUCAUAAUAGUAAGAAACCACAUCGAAAUCCAGCGCCGUCGUGGUUAAAAGAGGUCACCGCCAACGAUUCCGGAUCUCAAAUAAGUGGUUGGCUGCAUAGAAAGAACAAAAACAAGUCGUGGAAACGAAAUUGGUUCGUUUUAAAAGAACAAGUAUUAUAUGUUUAUAAAGCUUCCGAAGACGUGAUGGCGUCCGAGUCAGUACCAGUAUUGGGUUACGUUGUAGAAACAUUCAAAGAGGCUAGUAACUCCUACGAAGACAUUGAUUCGAAAUUAGUUUUCCAACUUGGCCACGCCGGUCAACCACCACUAGUUUUUUACGCUGAUUCGGAAAUCGUUGCUGAAAAGUGGGUCGCAGCGUUGCGCGAAGCAACAAGUUUAAUUUCGUGAAACACCGAUUACGCUUCCUGAAGAGCUUUUCUUUUGUAUUACACUUUGUAAUUUUACUAAUGAAACCUACGUCAGAACGGAUCGGCGAUCUUUCUUUCUUUUUUUUUUUUAAUUCAAGGUGCCAUACGUUACCUUUAUUCGAGCAGUAUUUUAAUACCUAUAUUUUUGUAUUUACCUGACUUCCCCCUCCCCCCUAGAAUUAUCACUUUUAUUAUAAGUCUUAGUCAACUGAUUUUUAUAUUUAUGAUAUGUUGUGUGUUCGUAUUUUUUUUUCCUCCUAUUUUGUUAUUCUCUGGUAGUAAGCAAAUUUUUAUUUUAUACAAACCUCUUUUUUUUACUUUUUUAUUUCUUGCUUAUGAAGUAAAACAUUUUAUUUACUGCGAUAAUAUAAGUUUCUAUAUUCGUCACAACAAAAAAUUCUAUUUGAAGAAGUAUUUAUGUUUACCAAGUUGAAUUUUUGUGCUUCUUGGCGUACGUAGUACAUAACCAAAGAACUGCCUACAUUUUGUUUGCGAGGUGGCAAAUAAAAAUUUGAAAAAAUU